AUGGCGCAUCCGUGCCUGAGCAGCCCGAGCAGCAGCUGGGUCAGUGGGCCUCAGGAGCACAGGCCACCUUUCCCCGGGGGCUUCAGAAUGGACUUGUGCCACCCAGACCCAGGGGAGCUGAGCAGCGGGGAGGCGGAGGAGCUGCAGCGGAUCAAAUGGCAUCGGAAGCAGCUUCUGGAGGACAUCCAGAAGCUGAAGGACGAGAUCGCAGAUGUGUUUGCUCAAAUCGACUGCUUCGAGACAGCAGAGGAGAGCCGCAUGGCCCAGAAGGAGAAGGAGCUGGGCAUCGGGCGCAAGAAAUUCAACAUGGACCCCGUGAAGGGCAUCCAGUAUCUCACUGAGCACAAGCUGCUGACCCCUGAUGUCCAAGAUAUCGCCCAGUUCUUGUACAAGGGCGAGGGCCUCAACAAGACAGCCAUCGGCACCUACCUGGGGGAGAGGGACCCCAUCAACCUGCAGGUCCUCCAGGCCUUCGUAGAUUGCCACGAGUUCGCCAACCUCAACCUCGUCCAGGCCCUCAGACAAUUCCUGUGGAGCUUCCGACUGCCAGGCGAGGCCCAGAAGAUCGACCGCAUGAUGGAGACUUUUGCCACCCGAUACUGCCUCUGCAACCCAGGUGUCUUCCAAUCCACAGACACCUGCUACGUCCUGUCCUUCUCCAUCAUCAUGCUCAACACCAGCCUCCACAACCCCAAUGUCCGGGACAGGCCGCCCUUCGAGCGCUUUGUGUCCAUGAACCGUGGCAUCAAUGACGGCAGUGACCUGCCUGAGGAGCAGCUGCGGAACCUCUUCGACAGCAUCAAGAGUGAGCCCUUCUCCAUCCCCGAGGACGACGGCAACGACCUCACUCACACCUUCUUCAACCCCGACCGCGAGGGCUGGCUGCUCAAGCUGGGCGGCCGCGUGAAGACAUGGAAACGACGCUGGUUCAUCCUGACGGACAGCUGCCUCUACUACUUUGAGUUCACCACUGACAAGGAGCCCCGGGGAAUCAUACCCCUUGAGAACCUCUCAGUGCAGAAGGUGGAUGACCCCAAGAAGCCAUUCUGCCUGGAGCUCUACAACCCCAGCUGCCGGGGCCAGAAGAUAAAGGCCUGCAAGACAGAUGGCGACGGCAAAGUGGUAGAGGGCAAGCACGAGUCCUACCGGAUCUCAGCCUCCAGCGCUGAGGAGCGGGACCAAUGGAUCAAGGCCAUUCGAGCCAGCAUCACCCGUGUCCCCUUCUACGACCUGGUCUCUGCUCGGAAGAAGAAGAUUGCCAGCAAGCAAUGAGCUUCCUGGGAGGUGGUGCCCGGCGUCCUGGGAACCCCGUGACCUGUGGUACCUGGAGACCUACCUCCCACCCCAGGGCACCCUUUCCUGGCCCGCAGACAUCCUCCCUCAACCCCCUUCACUUCAAACUGACAGCAGAGGGGAGGAAGGGCUCAAGAAAGAGGGUGGGUGGGAACCACCGAGGGCUCAAAGCCCGACCAUGAGGCCGCUGGCCUUGGACACCCAGGAAAGGCCCCGCCCCAGCCCCAAGUCCACCGCAGUAAGGGGUGAGGAAAGCAGCCCAGAACCCGGCACCCGGCCCUCUCUCUGGGGCUCAGUUUCCUCUCCUGUCAGACGUCUCCUUGCCCUCUGAAGUGCUGUCAGCCCUCAGAGCAGGAGGGGCCUGCGUGCUUCCUACCCUCCGCCAUGGUGAUGCCUCCUCCCUCUGCUUAGGGCGUUUCUCCGCCAGCCCCUCCCCCGUCCUCAGCUGGGGCUUGGCCUUCCCUGCCCAAGGGACACAAGUACACAUCUCAGACCCACCGACAAGACCUCUGGGAGACCCGAGAGCACUGGACUAGAAGCCCUGAUGCCACAGUCUCAGUCCCAGCUCUGUCUCCAACUUGCUGUGUGCCCUCGGCCAAGUCACCCUCCUUCUCUGGUUCCUGGAAAAGUGCGGUGUUUGGGGAGAAAUGUCUUGGCCCUCCUGGCUCUGUGCACCGCCCCCACUGCAACCUUCAACCUGCUAGCAAUGGCCUUAGGUAGGUCCCAGCAGGGCGUGAGCUGGCCACCUCCCUCCUCUGAGACUGCUUCCUCUCGGUAGGACAGGAUUGGACUGGGUCUCCCAAGGAGCUUCUGGCUGGAGAUGUCUGCACCAGAGCUGGAGGGGGCUCUGGACUGAAGGCUGCUGGGAGGCAGAGAGCAGAGUGGGCUCCAUCCUCAAGGAUGUCCAUCUUAGAGAAGGGGCGGGUGGGACUCCUCAAGAAAAUGGCAGACAGCAUCCCAGACAGAUGUACUCAGGCGGAACUGGCGGUACAAUCAAGAAGUCAAGAAGAGAGCUUUGUGAGCUGUGGUUACCAAGAGGGCUGCCUGGAGGCAGCGGCCACGCCAGUGAGUGACACAGAAGCUUGUAGCAGAGUCUCAGCUACAGCUUCCCUGCUGGACCACUGCCCAGGGCUCCCAUGGUGGUGAGCAGGGUCCCAGCAUCCUCAGAUCCUCGGGAGUAGCACCAUCAAGAGUGGAACUGACUUCCCAGCCCACAGGCAGGCAGCUCUCCAGGGAGAUUCCAGCCUGGAGGAGGAUUCCACGAACAGGUUUCUUCUCAGUAGCACUUCUCACCCCAUCUCACAGGCCCUGGGGGUGUCCCUGGAGGGAAGUUCCCUGGCAGGGAAGCAGGAUAUGGGGUUACCUCUGCCCCACUCCCAGCCUGCGUGGGCAAGCCGGAGCAAGGUGGAUUCCCCCCGGGAAGGGAGGCAACCUCUCCUCCCCUCCACCUCCCACACACAUGCACACUCUCCAGGGUGUCAGGAUAGAGUAGCUGCCUUGCAGUGGUGAGAGCCCUGUCUCUGGAGGUGUGCAAGAACCUGGUAAUGAUAUUGCACUGAGGAGGAUCUGGUUGGGCAUCUGCAGGAAGAAGCCUUACAGGACGUUUGAGGCCUUCCACCGACUCCAUGUCAGCCUGGGAGCUGAGCGUCACCCCUGCUGCCUCAUUUGGCCCCUGAAGGGGCAGCCAGGCGUCAUGGGCUCUGAGGUUCUCUCCUGCCACUGGUUAUACACUGGCUGUGUGAUCUUAGUCCACUUCCUUCCCCUCUCUGGUCCUCAGCUUCCCCCCGCCCCCAUCAUUGAGAGGGUGGAACAGGGGAUUUUCUGGGCAUG